AUGAUGCGGUACUUCCGCGCCUUGCGUGCCCGCACGGACAUGGUCGAGCUCCUCCUGUGCAGGGGCCGACUCGCCGACGUCCAGAUGCUGAACUUUUUCUCCAUCCAGCUAGACCGCGAGGUCAGCGCUGCAGCGGCAGCCGCGGCAGUGCCAGGAUCGGCAGUGGCGGCCAGCGGUGCGGGCAGUGGUGAGGGGUCGGAGAGCACCGUGAAGCAGGCCGAGAAAGCGGCGGUAACCGCAGCGACGCCGGAUGCCACGAGCACGGAGGCCGCCAUGGCCGCCGCUGGUGCUGCCACGGCAGUGGAGGCGGAGGCGGUGGCGAAGGCUGCAGCCGCGGAGGCACAGCGCGCACAGAACUGCGAGGCAAGGAGGAAGGCGUGGAAGGCAUUCCACGACCGCAGCGAUGUGGUGCGUCGACUUGCCGUCAGCGAGAACCCCGUGGCGUGGCUGAGAGAGGUGUACAGCGGCGACGAGGAGUGGCCGCGCUCGUAUUUGACAGAAGCGACGGCCGUGGUGACGCACACGGGCACUGGUGCGCCGACGCUGAAGGCGAGCGGUAUGGCCACGGCGGUCGGAAGCGGCGACGUGCAGGCGGCAAGGACGACGGCGGCCGGUAGCGAGGGAGGCGAACACCGUCACCAUGGCUCCUCCUCUGCCACCACCGCCGCGCAUGCGCUGCCCAAGUCGAUCCGUGUGGUCCUGCGACUGGAGGGCGGCGAGAAUAGCACGCCGAAGUACGUCACGGGCUCCGUGCCGCUCGAUCAGCCCGGCGUGGUGGAGAAAAAGCUGGUGAACGGUAUGCUGCGAGUGCGACUAAAUAAUGCCGACGUUGCCCAGUCCGAGCCGCUGUCCGCGGAGAAGGUGGCUAGCUACCAGCACGUGCUGACCGCCACGGCUUACAGCGCCAUUCUGCGGAAGAUGGGGGAGGUUGGCGCGCUGCAUGCCACCAAUACCGUGCGCUACGACGCGCUUCUGAUCCGCAACCCCGCGGUCCAGAUGCGAUUGGCGCAGCUCGCAUGCUUCCGCUACGGGAUCGACUGCUUGACCGACUACGUCGUGGGCGACCCGGAGGUUGCCGACGGCGACGAGGCUGCCGAGCUCUUCAGCAGCUUUUCGGAGCAGCUGCAAACCCCCUUGAUCGAGUCCAUGGUGCUCAAAAUAUAUGCAGAGCGCGCCUUGAUGGACGGCAUGGAUUGCAUGUGGGAGAUGGUGCGCGACACCCCGCUCGUUGCGGCGGUGGCCCACCGCAGCAACCCGGCCAAGAUGAUCGACUACCCGUACCUUGCAGAACUCUUCAACUCUCCCAAGUACCUCCUCACGUCUUGGAAUGGCUCCAUGGAGGAGCAGUCGAUGGCCUUCCUGCACCCGCUGCUGUCGCAGGGCGGUCUCUUCGGCAGCGGCGCCGGCGGCUCUCGUGCGGGCAUUGGCGGCGCGCUCCAAGGUUUGAUUGGGCUGACAAGUGGCCACAGCUAUGGUGGCGUGCGUCUGGCGGCACCGCACGUGAACCUGGCGGGGAUGGCCAAGGCACUGGAGCUUGACGUGGCGAAGCUGCUGAACGUUAUUGCAAGCGAGAAGGGUAAGCUGGAGCCGAUGUUUGUGAUCAGCGUGGCGCAGUACGUCUCCGAGGUGCUGGCCAACCUCGCCGUCAUCUACCGCUGCACUGCGGCGUUGAACAUCGAUGAGGAGGGCCGCGGCCACCGAGAAUGGCUGCUGGCGCAGGCGUUUGGCGGCGCCUCAGCGGUGCGCCGUCAGCGUAUCAUGAACGACUACAUGAUGUCGCGUGCGGCGACGAGUGUGAUAAAGAAGAGUAAGAGCCUCGACAACUACUCGACGCACCCCAUCGAGUUGAUGAACACGUCGCCGCAAAACGCGAAGGCGUCAUCGAUGGAGAGGGCGGCGUCCACGUAG